AUGCCAGAACCAGCGAAGUCUGCGCCGAAAAAGGGCUCCAAGAAAGCGGUGAAGAGCGCCGGGAAGGGUGGCAAAAAGAGGAAGCGGACCAGGAAGGAGAGCUAUGCUAUCUAUGUGUACAAGGUGUUGAAGCAGGUCCAUCCAGACACCGGCAUUUCGUCCAAAGCCAUGGGCAUCAUGAACUCGUUUGUCAGCGACAUCUUCGAGCGUAUCGCCGGAGAGGUCCGCCUGGCUCACUACAACAAGCGCUCGACCAUCACCUCCAGGGAGAUCCAGACGGCCGUCAGGCUGCUGCUGCCCGGUGAGCUGGCCAAGCACGCAGUGUCUGAGGGCACCAAGGCCGUCACUAAGUACACCAGCUCCAAGUAAACGAAGUAAAU